GUCGUGGGCGGACCCUCCAGCGGCGGGGCGGGGCUGAGAGCUGGCUCCUGGGCGGCCCCAGCGGUAGCGCGGCCUUCUUUUUGCCGGACCCCGGUGGUCCUGGGUGGACGAAGGUGGGGAGCUACCGCUGCAGGAGGCAACCCUGUUGGAGAUGAUGCUUGUAUGAUUAUAAGGAGAAGUGCAGAAUGUCAGCCCUCAACUGGAAACCCUUUGUGUACGGAGGGCUGGCCUCCAUCACAGCCGAAUGUGGCACAUUUCCAAUUGAUUUAACCAAGACACGGCUCCAGAUACAAGGCCAGAGGAAUGAUGCAAACUUUAGAGAGAUCAGGUACCGAGGAAUGUGGCACGCUUUCGUGCGGAUAGGCCGAGAAGAAGGGCUGAAGGCGCUGUACUCAGGGAUUGCCCCUGCGAUGCUGCGCCAGGCUUCCUAUGGCACCAUCAAGAUUGGCACUUACCAAAGCUUGAAGAAAUUGUUUGUUGAACGCCCUGAAGAUGAAACUCUACUGAUCAAUGUCAUAUGUGGAAUUCUCUCUGGAGUCAUAUCUUCAGCCAUUGCUAAUCCAACUGAUGUUUUGAAAAUACGAAUGCAAGCACAAAAUAGCACUGUUCAAGGAGGAAUGAUAGGCAACUUCGUUAACAUUUACCGGCAGGAAGGAACAAGAGGGCUCUGGAAGGGUGUGUCCCUUACAGCUCAGAGAGCUGCAAUUGUUGUUGGUGUGGAACUGCCCGUCUAUGACAUCACCAAGAAGCACCUGAUUCUCUCAGGCCUGAUGGGAGACACCGUGUAUACCCACUUCCUCUCAAGUUUCACCUGUGGUCUAGUAGGGGCCCUGGCCUCAAACCCUGUUGAUGUUGUGAGAACCCGUAUGAUGAAUCAGAGAGUCCUUCGAGAUGGCAGAUGCCCUGGCUACACAGGUACCCUGGAUUGCUUGUUACAGACAUGGAAGAAUGAAGGUUUUUUUGCUCUGUAUAAAGGAUUUUGGCCAAAUUGGUUAAGGCUUGGUCCUUGGAAUAUUAUCUUUUUUGUGACAUAUGAACAGCUGAAGAGAUUGGACUUGUGACGAGUGAAGCUGCAUGAGGCACCCCUCUGAAAAUGCUAACUUCUGCCACAGUAGAGCUUCUGGCAUUUCUCUGUGCUUCUCACUGCUCCGUUCAUCACAGAUUCUGGGAUGGGAGCAACAGAUGAAGACUGGGAUUGAUUCAGAUUGCUGUGUGUUGGCAUCAGAUGCCUUUCAUCAGCAUUUAAUGGCUUAAACUUUAAACAUCCCAACACUAGUCCUUAUCUUUGAAGUGCCCUUUGACAUCCAAGAUAAUAUAUGAAAUGCAUGUUUCUUGCUAAAGAAAACCAGGAAUGUGUCCUGUGUGCUUCAGGGACAGUAGCUCCUGAUGCCUCCCAGCUCCCAGCUGCAAAUAUCAGAGAGCUCUAAAAAGUUGAAGUUCACUGAAACCCUGCAGUGGAACCUUCUGGAGGGUGAUGCUGACAGCUGGGAGCUUUCCUUUCCUGUCAGCUGAAGACAUUUUGUUCAUGGAAACUUGGGCUUUUUUUAAGUCCAGGUACAGACAGUGCGGGGAAUAGAUCCUUUCACUGCUUUGUGAUUUCCUUUCUUGUCAGGAUCUUUCACUUAUAAUAAGUGAUGUUAAGCCUCUAAAGAUUUGACCUUUGUGAGGAACUGUUACAGUGUUUUAAUACCUAAGUUAAUGCUGGUGUGAUAUGUUGACUUCAAAGGUUACAAUAUGUUGUUGGGAGGUGUUUUCAAGCAACUGGGCUUCUGUUUUAGGUAAUGUUAGCAAUCCUGAGUUUAACAAAGUUUGUCAUUUUUAAAUCUGUAAAGUGGGGUAGUAACAUCUAUUAAUGUAGAGAUCAAAUAAAGGAAAAGUUGGGCAGAGUCAAAUAAAAGGCAGAGUUGGGCGUGGUGGUAUAUGUCCAUAAUUCCCACACUGAGAGGCUGAGGCAGGAGGAUUGCAAGUUCAAGUCCAACUUAGGUAAUUUAUUGACUUAGUAAGAUCCUGUUUCAAAAUAAAAAAGUUUAAAAAGGGCUGAGAAUGUAACUCUGUGUGAAGACCCAGAAUUCAAUCUCCAGUAUCACAAAACAAAAAGCAGGGUGCUCUGUGAUUUGAAGGGUGUGUUUCUAUCAUUUUUACAGUUACAAUCCUUAAACAAACACUCUGUAUAAGCAGGAGCAGGUUGUAUUUUCAUGAGCUUCUCACAGCAAUUGAGGCCUUGUUAAGGAAAGAAUCCUGUUUCCCUUAAAAAAAAAAAAAAGGAGGAACCCUGUGUGAGGUUUUUGUUGUUGGUUUUGUUUUUUCAAUCAGGUUUUAUGUAAGUGAAUGUUUCAAUAAAUUUUCCUUAGCAAACUGUUGCUAGUCAAUUAAAGAGUUAAGUGUUGUAGAUUUCUAGCUUUUAUUUUAGUUCAUGUUGUAUCUGUUAAUGCUUCCUGUUUUGGUUGCCCUAGUUUGGUAGAAAAUUCUUGCUUGCUUUUUUGUUUGUAUGUUCAUUUCUUUUUGGUUUUUGGGACCAUGUCUCACAGUGUGGUCACUAAUUCACUGUGUAGCCUGGCCUGGCCUCCACCGGUGCCAGUCCUCCUACCUCAGCCUCCCGAGGAUGGGAUUACAGGCUGCCACACCACACCUGGCUUUGCUUGAAAUUCUAAGUGUGUUUUUUUGUUCAAUGCUAGGAAUAGAAACAGCUGAGCUAUAUCCCCAACCCUUCCUUUAGUGCAUGUUUAUAUAGUUCCUGAUAAAAGGUUUGUUUUCCUUGUUUAUUGUCUUCUAAUGAUGUGGUAAAUCAUUUUGUUUCCAUCUUAUUCUUUUUCAAAGCAAAAUCUGUCUCUAAGAGCCCCAAGAAUUUUCUGUUUCUAGAUGUCAUCCCAGAAAAGUGAGUAUAUUUACUUACCUUUCCAGAGUUACUUUUGAGAACCACAUUCUAACCAAAUUCUAACGGGGGAUUUUGGGCAGGCCAGUUAUAUAGUACGUGUCUGUAGAUUGCUCUCUGUCUUAUCUAGGCCCUGGGGUUUCCUCCUCCUUGAGAGUUGAAGGAUGCAGUUUUUCUUUGUGGAUCAAAUAGUUUUCUUUACAGCUACUUUUUUUUUUUUUUUUUUUUUUUUUUUUUGAGACAGGGUCUUGCUCUGUAAUUCAGGCUGGCCUUGAACUCAUGGCAAUCUUCCUGGCUCAGCAUCCUGAGGACUGGGAUUACAGGUGUGAGCCACCACACCCAGCACUGUUUUAUUAAUGUUUCCUCUGAUAGAAGAUUUAAUAAAGUAGAAUUUUAUCUCCAAAAGUAAGAGCUAAGACAUCACAAAGAAGAAAGAUCAGGCUGGGGAUGUGGCUCAGUGGUAGAACUCUUGCCUUGUAUGCACAAGGUCCUGAGGUUGAUCCCCAACCACACACACAGAGAGAGAGAGAGAGAGAGAGAGAGAGAGAGAGAGAGAGAGAGAGAGACAGACAGACAGACACACAGACAGACAGACAAAGACAGAUCAUGGGGUAUCAGUUUCCUAAGAUGUAAGACGAACAUCCUCAUCUCCCUGGCUGGCACUAGGUGGCAGUAGAGGACCCUUGAGUUCCUGCAGGCCUCUCUCCUGGCACAGAAUCUUGUGUGAAGAGAGAUUUUUCUUACCAGAACAUUCCAUGGCUGUGAUAGACUUUAUGUAGAGACGCUUUCACUGAGUUCUUUAAGUUGAAAGGAUUUUUUUAAGCACUCUUUUAAUUUUAGAGAACAUUUUAGACAUAUAUACAGUUUCUAACAUAGAAGCAAGUUUGUUUUAAAGACUGUAUAGAGUGUGUCAGAGACAGUAUUUAUUAGUUUCAGAGUAUGUAAAGGUCCGUAUCAGAAUGCAAAAUUCAAAGCUCACUUGGGACAAAAAUGUAAUAUUUUAAGACAGUGUGUUGUAAAUAUAUAAGUGCCUUAUAGAACAGGAUCUUAACCUGCUUUUACUAUUUCCUGAAGGAGUUAGUGUAGUUGUUGUUACUUCUAACCAAGAGACAACUUGAGGAACUGGGAGACUUGUUCCUCUUGUUUUCGGAGAAAUAACUUCAGGAACUGGGAGGCUUGUAACUGUUAUUUUUGGGGGGUGUGGUUGUCAACCUCCUGGACUUUGAAUAGGGCUCAAAUAUGAAAAAAGGUUUUCUAGUAUUUAUAACUUUUUGAAGAAAUUAGUUUUGCUUUUGUUUGCUUGUGGAUUUAUGUGAUCAUUGAUGCUAAAUGUUGCUGAUCCGUAAUAUAAAAAGACACCUGUUCACCAUAUUUAUUCAUGUGUUAGUAGUAGUAUACAUUAAAGAGAAUACAUUUUUCUUAAGCCUUCAUAUUUUGAAUCCUUUAUUUAUACAUUACUGGAAUAUGUGACAUAAACCGUGUUUCAUUUACUUAAUAAAACCAUAAUAUAUACAACAUAAA